AUGGAUGAUCUCAGCACCGCUGCAUCUCUUGCUGGUUUCACACACGCCAUCAACAAGACUCGCGAAGCCGUCAGGGCAAUCAAGGACCUCUCAACGGUUUUUGAACAUGUCGACAGACACCUCGAUCUUGCACAGCGGACCCUCAACGAUGUCCAAACUCAACAGAGCCACGGGACCCUGACUAAAUGCCAAUCCUAUUCUCAUAUCUUGCAUAAGUACGAUGAAGAGACCCGAUCGUUGCAGCUACUAUUUCAUGCCUUCGAGGAAGAAUGUCAGACAAACCAAGAUCCCGCUAGUUGGCUCAACCGAUGGCGCCACACGAAAGUGCGGACACUGAUGACAAAUAUCUUGGAAUAUGUGAAGAUGAUCGUCGGAUACGAACCAUUCACCUUAGCGACCCGAGAUGACAUGGAGGAAAUCGAGAAGGCGCUUGAAGAUAUGUCCCAGGUUGAACCAUCGAUGGACGAUUCGGGCACCAAGCAAAUGAGUCCUGUUUCCAAUUCGCAGGAUGUCGCUCUGGGCGGUCAUGGACAGCAGAACACUCCCCUAGGAGGUUAUAACACCUUCAAUUCCGGCUACAAUAUUGAUGGCGGCUAUUUCAAUAUUGGUGAGGCUUAUUGA